CGUGCUUUAAGCUCUACUCGAUGUUAGGACAUAGAUAUUUAAAUUCAUAAAUUAAGCCUUGGAGGGAGACAUGGGAUCUUUCUCUCUCUUCUUCUUCUUUUGCAGCGUUAUCGACUCGUCAUGACCGAGGAAGAAGUAAAGGAUAGCGCGCCAAAGGAUGCGACCGAUGACAUACGCACAUGUCGGGCUGACCAGGAUAGGCAGACAGGAACAACAGAGAAGGACGAGCACAAGAUUCAAGCUACGGCUACAGCAGCGACUUCAAAGGUGACAAAUGAGAGCGAUAAACCAUACUCGGCCUUCUCCGGGCGGAUGAAAUUCCUCAUUGUUUUCAUGACGGGCUGUGCAACCUUCUUCUCGCCUCUCUCUGGCCAAAUCUACUAUCCAGUCCUGCCGAUUCUGACGGGCGCCUACAACUUGUCUCAAAGCGCUAUCAACGUGUCCAUCACCACGUACAUGAUCUUCCAAGGCCUCGCACCUAGCUUCCUAGGCACCUUCUCUGACUCCAGCGGCCGCAGACUGGGCUACAUACUCGCGUUUACCAUCUACACCGCUGCCAACAUCGGACUGGCCCUCCAGAGCAACUACGCGGCCUUGCUCAUACUGCGUUGCCUGCAGAGCGCUGGCAGCAGCGGCACGGUGGCUUUCGGGUACGGCGUGAUCGCAGACAUUGCCACGACUGCGGAGCGAGGGAAGUACCUUGGUCCCAUGAUGGCUUGCAUCUUGACAGCACCAGCAUUCGGACCAACCAUCGGAGGUCUUCUGACGGAAUAUCUCGGCUGGAGAGCCGUUUUCUGGUUUCUCACCAUAAUCAGUGGCGCCUAUCUGGUGCUAUACAUCAUCUUCGUUCCGGAGACGCAACGCAAUAUUGUUGAUGACGGCAGCAUCGUGCCGCAGCAAUGGUGGCGGCAGUCGGUCGUGCAACAUCUCGCUGCUAGACGUCGAUUGAAGUCGCUGGGCGCCGACGAGAGGGAAGCCUAUCUCGCGCGGCAGGAAGAACUUGCUCGAAAACAGCAGGAGAUCAAGAUUCGCUUUCCCAAUCCCCUGAAUUCGUUUGUGAUCCUCACAAACCCGGAUGCGUUUUGCAUCAUUCUCUAUAUGGGAUUAGCCAUGUUUGCUAACAUGGUUCUGAUGACGAGCACGCCAACUGCGUUUCCUGGAUUAUAUGGCUUGAACACCUUGCAAGUCGGACUCUGCUUCUUACCUCUUGGCGUUGGCGCAGCCAUAGGCGCCAUCAUUAAUGGUCGUGUACUCGACUUCAACUACCGUCGCAUCGCCCAACGACUUGGCUUUGCGGUCGACCGAAAGAAGGGAGACGAUUUGACCAAUUUCCCCAUAGAGACUGCCCGUCUCCAGUCCGUUUUCUUCGCUCAAACGCUGCAAGUUGCCGCAUACCUGUCUUACGGCUGGGUUCUUGAUCGGCACGUCCACCUUGCGGCGCCUCUCGUUAUACAAUUCAUCAUAGGUUUCUGUCUAGUCAUCGUGUCGAACUCGCUUAGCACGCUGCUGGCCGACAUCUAUCCAAAGAACGUCUCCACCGCGUCUGCGGCGUCCAAUCUAUUUCGCUGUCUUCUUGGCGCGGUGGGUGCCGCCGUGGUCGACAAGAUGUUGAGUGGGAUGGGCAUGAGUUGGGCAUUCAUGUUUGUGGGUUUGAUGUUGGUCGCUGCUACAAGUCUUAUUGUGAUUGAGUUGAAAUGGGGAAUGGGAUGGCGGCAGAAGCGGUGGCGAGAGGCUGCGGAGAAGAGUGCCAAAAACGACGUGGAAAAAGGUGCGGUCAAAAAAUAAGGCAAUAAAACAUUCUGUAAUAGUUGUUCACUUACUUGUCGUUCUUCC